AAAUAAUUGUGGUUAUGUUUAUUGACAGUGUUUCGUUAUUUUAGUAUGGAUAAAAACGAAAUAAUCAGAAAUAUAAAUAGUAUUCCAGAUUUAUCAAAAGGGUUUAUUUGCAGAGCUUGUCUUUUACCUUUACAAGAAGAAGUUAAUCAAAUAAUAUUCUACGAUGAAAUAGAUAAACUUCUAAUGGACUGCACUUCUGUGGAUGUUGCUAAAGAAGAUGGUUUGCCAAUAUACAUUUGUUACACUUGUGUUCAGCAACUUCAUCUUGUAAAUAAGUUUAAAAGUACUGUACAAUCUUCGGAUAAGACAUUAAAACAAUUUUUGGAGUACCGUAAGAAUACUCAAAUAGAAAUAAAAAAUGAAGAAAAUUAUGAAAACAAAGAACCAAACUUUGAAAAAGAUGUGGAGGAUGAUAUAUUGUCAAACUCUGACAAUAAAGAAGCUGAUAAUUGUGAUGAUGAUGAAGACUAUGAAGAUGAAAUUGAUGAUAAAUUUUGUGAAAAACUGAAAGAGAAAAAACAAAAUUUAAGAAAAAAAUUGUAUGAAACAAGUGAGAAAAACAUCAAUAAAUGUGAUGAAUUUAAACGUAAAGAACAAAAUUCUCUAAAAAAAGAUUUGGAGGAACAUAAUGAGAAUAAGAAAAAAUCAAGUAAAUAUGUAAAAAAGAAACCAGAUCAGGAAUGUUCAGAAUGUAAAAAGAAGUUUCCAACUAAAGCAACUCUCAUAAAUCACCUUAAGGAUCAUGGAAUUGUUUACAAAAAUUUCACUUGUGAUGAUUGUGGAAAAAAAUAUAACUCCCAGUAUGACUUUAAAGUACAUCUUAGGAAUCAUACAGGGAUGAGGCCUUAUAUUUGCGAAAUUUGCAAUAAGAGUUUUACGGAUCCAAGAAGUUUUAAAAAACAUGAAAAAAUUCAUACAGGAGACAAACAGCACAAGUGUGAAAUUUGUGGCAAAAGUUUUAUUCAUUUAUACACCUUAAAGUCACACAAAUUAAUACAUUUAGGUCAAAAACCUUUUGUAUGUGUUACAUGUGGACAUGCCUGUAGUACAGCCACACAACUUAAAUCUCAUAAUAGAAGGCAUACACAGGAAAAGCCUUAUUUAUGCAGUGCUUGUUCAAAGUCCUUUGCCCACAAAUCCGGUCUGACUGAUCAUCAAAUGCGUCACAGCGCUGAAAGAAAAUUCGUUUGCUUCAUUUGCGGCAAGGCAUCAAGAACUUCUCAAGACUUGACCACUCACUUGAGGACACAUGACAAGAAUAGACCGUACAAAUGUACUUACAUGGGUUGCGAUAAAAGUUACAAGUUAAGCGGACAAUACAGAGCUCACCUUAGAUCUCAUACAGGCGAAAAACGACAUUGUUGUACUAUUUGUCCAAAAGCUUAUGGCGAUUCAACCCAAUUGAAAAAUCAUAUGAACAUUCACAAUGGUGUUAAACCUUAUGAAUGUCUCAUUUGCAAUGGAAAAUUUAGUUUGCCUGGAUCUUUACGUAACCAUAUGAUGCGGGCACAUGCAACAGCCAGUGAUAACUGUGAUCUAAAAAAUUAUACUCAAUAAUAUUACACUGCAUCAUGAAUUCAUGAUUAUGUAAAUUUAAUUUUAUUACUGCCAAAUGUAACAUUAAAUUUUUACCU